AUGAGUUUUUUAUUGAUUUUAAUCGUUUUGCUCACGACAGUCAAUGCUAAUGCAAUUCAAUGUUCGGAAAACGAAGAGUAUAAUGAGUGCGGCACUGCUUGUCAAGAAAGUUGCACUUAUAAACCACCGUUUUGCACAUAUCAAUGCGUUUCCGGAUGUUUCUGUAAAAAAGGUUUCGUACGACAAACCGAUGAUAAAAGUAAAUGCGUACCACAAACACGCUGUUCAUGUGGUGUAAAUGAAUAUUUCAACGACUGUGGCUCAGCUUGUCCUGACACAUGUUCAGCACGAUCUCAAUCAUGCACAAAACAAUGUGUACCGGAUUGCUUUUGUAAAGAUGGUUUUGUUCGUUUGAAUAAUCAAACUGGAAGUCCAUGUGUACCCGAAUCCUUAUGCAAAAUUACUCUAUGUGAAGAUCCAAACGCUGAAUAUGCGGAAUGUGGAUCAUCGUGUCCAAGGACAUGCGAAGAUGAGUUGAACCCCCUUCGGAAAUUUCGAGUUUGUGCAUCAGCGUGUCGACGCGGAUGCUUCUGUAAGCAAGGUUUUGUUCUUAACAAAAACGGAAAAUGUGUCAAACCUGAAAGUUGUUGUCGAUCAAUCAAUGGACUGUAUCAAUCAUGUGGUUCAUUAUGUCAACAAACAUGUGCAGACGAAAAUAACUUUACUUGUCUUCUACCAUGUGCUCCUGGUUGUUUCUGUGCGACAGAUUUCGAGAUCGGUCAUUUAUACAUUUUUUUUUCUUCACUUCUUUCCUUUUUUUUCGAAAUCAGCCAACCAUAUCCUCCAUAUAUACAAAAAAAAACCGUGUCUUCAUAUACGUAUUCAUCGACAAUUGAAGAUUUUCAUACAAUGUUCUCAUGGAGCGUUCAAACACGCAUACGGCUAGCACUGAUGAUGGGCUAUAUCUGCAUCACCGUAUUUUUUUCAUUGACUACAUAUAUCGUUUACGUUUUCUAUAAGCACAUUGCACCAAGUGUUAUCGAAAAGAAACAGUAUGGACUUCUUAUUUUUAAUCUAAUCUUCGGUAACUGGCUUGCAAUAAAUAUUUAUUUCAAUUAUCUAAUGGCAUGGCUAACAUCGCCUGGUCUAGCGAGAGAUUAUCAAGAAUUAGCGUCGCAGUAUCCCAUGUGUAAAAAAUGUUCAAUGAACAAACCACCUCGAACGCAUCAUUGCAGUUGGUGUGAUCGAUGUAUAUUGAAGUUCGAUCAUCAUUGUCCUUGGUUGAAUAAUUGUGUUGGCUUUUAUAAUCAUCGAUAUUUUUUUCAAUUUUGUUGCUUCAUGGCUACUGGUUGUAUGUAUGCAGGCACUUUCGGUUAUCGACAGUACCAAAUCGCUCUACUUGGAGAUCAAAUAUUCUCUUAUUCGGAUUCAAUUUUCUCACCAUUUGAUAUCCUCGAUGAAAUGGAAAUACCUGGUUUUGUAACAUAUUACAUAUUUCUAGCUGGUUUUACUAUUGGUUUUCUUUUGGUUGGCUUGAUUCUCUGGCACGGACGAAUGAUAGGUCGUGGUGUGACUUCAUUAGAACGUGUGCUCAAUCACUAUUAUACUCAUCAUUAUCACGAACAAGGUUUUAUCUUUGUCAAUCCAUAUGAUUUUGGUUUCGUGGAAAAUUGGAAACGGUUUCUCGGUGUGCGAACAUUAGGUGAAUUCAUUCGAAAAGUUCUUUUGCCAAGUACACAUAAACCCGAAGGAAAUGGAAUCACAUGGGAUGGUUACAAUGUUAAUACUAAUUUACAAUUGCAUCGACCUGGUCCAAAUCAAAUGGCACGACCAAUUGCUUUUCCUCCGGGUGUUCAACCGAAUUUUCCAGGUGGCUAUCCAGCCAAUCGUUAUCGAGCAGCGGUCGUGCCACCAUGGGAAAGACAAUCAAGACCACCGAAUGCUUCUCAUAGUUAUCAACCAAAACCAUUAUCAACUGAAACAACAGAUGAUAGAAAAGAUCAAUGA